AUGGCUGAGAGUGACAAGUGGGCUGCCAAUGCCAACGAAGCCCUGUCCCUACAGCUGGUAGGCGCCCCAAGCCCCGCGGACAAGCUCUUCGGACCAGAAUUCACAUACCAGGUCGGCUUCGGUCAGGAAGAGACCAUCUUUGGCUACACGCGCCUCGAUAUUCGCCUCUCCUUCACCCCUUCCAACCUGCAUACCCUUCUCAGCGUAACAUUCUCAGCAGUCAACGAGUCCACUACAGCCAAGAUUGACGACAUACCCUCCAUACUAGAAGAAUAUCUACCCGAAGACUAUACGACCGAUGCUGAGGUGUUCGGCAAGAGGCUAGAGGAAGAAGAGAAAUCGGACUUCACGCCUUUUGGCGAGAAGGUGGGAGAGUAUGAUGUACCAGCAGCGGCAAGAAAAGGCAAAGGGAAAGGUCAAGGGAAAAGGUCCGCCCCUGGCGCAAGCUCGAGCAAAGGGACAGCUUCUGGCUCAGCCGCCUCGAAUGCAGACUCGGAUCAUUUCGAGGUGUACCGUACGACUUGGGCUACGCCAGGCUGGAGGGAGUUCCAUCGGAGGAUGCAGCUGUUUGCCCUGCUCUACAUCGAAGGCGCAAGCUACAUACACGAGGACGAAGAGAAUUGGCAAUGGUUGACGACAUGGCACAAGUCUGUGGAUGCGGAAGGUAGGAUCAAAUACGUCUUCGUAGGCUAUACCAGUCUCUACCGCUUCUGGCACUAUCCCUCUUCAUCGCGACUCCGUCUCUCGCAGUUCCUCAUCCUCCCUCCAUAUCACAAGCAGUCUCACGGGACCCAUCUCUACCAGAUCGCCUACUCUUCGACACUAGAGUCCGAUUCAAUCACCGAGCUCACCGUCGAGGACCCCAACGAGGCCUUUGAUCGCCUCAGGGAUACCGCUGAUCUCAAGCGGCUACUGGCUCCAGGAGCAAUCAUUGAACAAAUGAAGGAGGAAGAAGGAGGCUUACGCUCCCCACUGGAUAGAGUCAGGAGUGAGAGAUGGAGAUUGAAGGCAAAGAUUGCCAAGAGGCAGUGGAGCCGUUUGAUCGAGAUGAUCCAACUCAUGGAGUUGGACCCUUCGGACCCUGUGGCUAUCAAGGCAUAUCGACUGCAAGUGAAAGCCAGACUGUACCGUUUCAACAAGGACAUACUGACCCAGUUGACACUGCAAGAGCGCCACUUGAAGCUACAGGAAACGUACGAAUCGCUCCUGGAAGGAGAGUACGGCGACCUCGUGGGAGUGGACGUCGAGCCAUUCCUGGAUGGCCCUGGUGGAGAGGAUGACGAUGACGAAGAAGAUGACGGUGGUUUGGCGCAAGGCAACGGCUGGCUGGGCAUGUUUGGCGGCGGUGGUGCAGCUGGCGGUGGAGGCAAAAGAAGGAAAGUCUGAGCUGACAGUCGUUGCAAGACACAGAGUAGCUUCGUACCACUGUCGAGCUCUGCACAUAUCAACACAUUGCAAGUCAGGCCGCGUCGCUUGGUGCAGUCGUAGAUGCAAGUCUGUAUGGAAUAUCUCAAUUCUUUGGGCUAGACC